AAGAAUAUUAUAGUUCUUUCUUUAGCUUUAAAAUUCAAAAAUAAUAUAAAAUUUUAUUACCGUUGAAAAUAUCGGAAUAUAAACACAUAAAAUAUUAAAAGAAGCCGUUAAAAUAAAAUAUUAUAUAAUUUUAAUAAAUUAUAAUUAAAUUAAAUUAUAUAAUUAUAAUUAAAAUUUGAUUCUAAAAUAUUUAAAAUUAUAAAAUCGCAAACAAGUUAAGAAGGUCAUUUAAAUUAAAAUUACGAUAAAAAAAGGACGCAAAUAAAAAAAGUGGAAAUUAGUGGAAAUAAUAAAAACAGGAGUGCGUACAACAGCACAUUGGAACACUAUACAGAAAGUUUGUGCACAUGGUUCGUGAAAUAAAUAACAUUAGACACGUACUUGUCUGUAAUGGAACUUUAAAAAUAGUUGUGUACAAACCACAAGUUUCAUAUGCCACGAUGUAACAACUUAAACAUAUAUGAAAAUUGAAAACAAAAAUUUAUUUUCAAUACAAUAUACACGCACGCAUUAGACCCAUUCAGACACGUGCAUGGUCAAUACGGAGGCACACAAUCGCACAAACACACAACGAGAAAAACACCUCCAUUCUGAGUUGAUGAAUGAAUGUAUGUGUGUGGAUGUAUUUUUUGUUCGUUCAAAAAAUGCCAAAGAAAUGAUUUUUUGAUUUUUUUACUUUUCAAUGAUGAUGUAAUGUUUUCAAAGUUCAAAUAUGUAAACAAUGCUUAAUUUUAACGUAAAAUGUUUCUACCAAAAUUUGAUGUAUAUGUCCUAAAUAUUGAAUUAUUUCUUUUUCUACUUGUUACCUCUACUCAGUCGCAUGAACUGUAUGUGGGUUGCUACAAAUUCGUGGCAGCAGAUAAACAUGGAACACCAGGGAAAGUUGAUUCAGUCAAAUCAUGCAGAGAGCUUUGUCGGCCGUCGAGUGAGAGAGCUGGCAUGAUUGCUCUGAAAAACGGAAGUGAAUGCAGUUGUGCCACCCGCGUCAGUGCAGCCGUCUCCUCAUCCCACUGCGACAUGGUCUGUCCAGCUGAUGGUAGGGCGUGUGGAGCUCCCGAUGCCUCCUCUGUCUACCACGGACGUGCAGCCGAUACUUGCUGCUAUUCGAUUGUCGGCUCGUCACCACAAGGGGCCAGCGACACUCGCACGUACUCCAAUUCACUUCUACGCGACUGCCAACGUCACUGCUACGAACGCAACUUCACGAUGUUUCUUAUUACAGACAAUGCUUGCAAAUGUGAGGUUAGCGAAAUAUCACCGAAGAUCGUGAGCGAACCAACAGCUUGUGGUAAGUGCGAUAAGUCGGUCGAGUUCGGAGGCCGUCAGCCAAUCUUUUUAGUCCGAUUUAGUUUGGAGUAUCCGUCAGGUUUAUCGAGCACGAAGCACUGCGCUUCAGCAGCUGAUGGCUUGAAGGAUCGGUGCAGGGCGGUGUGCCUCAGUGGAUGGAAAGGACACGACUGCAUGGAGAGGGAUUGUAGCAACAACAAUGGAAACUGCGGAGAAGAAUUUGUGUGUGAAGUCAACAUUGUAAACGGCAAAUCUGUUUCUGAGUGCUUGUGUGGGAACGGAAAAGUAAGAAACAAUCAUCAUAAAUGUGAAG